AUGUCCCAAAAAGAAAGAUAUUUUACUAAUCCUUUUCAAGAUUAUUGUGAAAAUGUACACGGACCAACAGAGAAGGAUUUGAUUCCGCGAGUGACAGUGUUAGAUUUGAUAAAGAAAUACGUUAAACUUAUCUUAACCAAUGCCGGUGCAGAGCGCGAAGAUUUGUACGUGGGUGAAGCAGGAAUCGCAUUUAUGUUCUGGAGGCUCUCCCGGUCAAAUGAAACGAAACGCCUGUUCCCUUGCUUAGAAUAUGCUUUAAAAUAUAUUUCCCAUGCGAAGGAACUUGCCUCGGCUUUGCCAAAGGCAAGCAGCUCCAAAAGUCGGGUAGCGUUUUUGUGCGGAAAUGCGGGAAUAGCCGCUGUUUCAGCUGUCAUUUCAUACGACAUGGGAAAAGAGCAGAUCUUGCAGAAGGACAUAGAUGAGUUUCUGAAAGGCUACCCCGCGUGUGCCAAACCCGAUGCGAGCAUUGCGGAUGAGGUGCUGGUAGGAAGAGCUGGUUACCUUCACGGCGUUUAUUGGCUGAAUCAAUGUAUUGAACCAAAACCAAUCCAACGGAAUGUAAUAGAAGACAUCUGCGAGGCACUUCUUAAGCGUGGUCGAACCUACGCCAAGGCAAUCAAACACACAUCGCCGUUAAUGUACGAAUAUCACGGUAAAGAAUACCUCGGAGCGGCCCAUGGAGUCAGUGCCAUUUUACAUGCUCUACUAGAUUCCCCUUGGUUUUGUGAAAAUGAAACGGGACAUUACAAUAUUUCAACAUCGAGGCAAGCCGAUAUCAAGAAUACACUUGACAGCAUAUUAUCGCUGCUUACUAAGGAUGGCGAUUUGCCAACGAGGUUUGAUUCGGAUAGAAUGCUCGUACACUGGUGCCAUGGUUCCGGUGGUGCAAUCUAUCUCUUUGCGAAAGCAUACCUUAUUUACAAGGAGGAAAAAUAUCUCAAGGCAUGUCGGAAGCUGGCCGAUCGUAUCUGGCAACGUGGCUUACUGCGUAAAGGACCGAAAAUUUGCCACGGGGUGUGCGGGAACGGAUACGCUUUUCUUCUGAUGUAUCGCUUAACCUUGGAAAAGUUGUACUUGUACCGUGCCGCAAGGUUUGUAGAGUUUCUAACGACGGAUAUUUUUUCGAAACACUUGCUCACACCAGAUCGACCGUUCAGUCUGUACGAAGGAUUAGCCGGUGCCGUUUGUUACCUGGUAGAUGUGUUAGAUCCGUUGAGUGCUUCCUUCCCGUUCAUGGAUGUAUUCGAGUUUAAAUUUUAAAUAGCUGGUUUAUCUUAAACUAAAUUUAAAAAAAUGUAAUAUACAGUGGUUUAGAAAUUG